UGAAAAAUUAUUUUUAUGAAUACAAAUGUUUAUUAUAGGAUUGUAUUGUAAAAAAUAAUUCCAUGUUCUCCUCCGUACUGUGUUCGCAGCUGCCACUCCCAGUCUCACACCUAAGUACCUGCCCAGUGGUCUCUGUGUCUCUGAAGAUCUGGAGUCAGAUUAGGAAAAACUUCGGUCUUUCAGGUCCCUCUAUUUUAGUUUCAGUUAAAAGGAACUGCAGUUUGCAACCCUCCAAAUCUGACCCAGCAUUCAAGAUCUGGCAGGCCAACGAUAUCUCCAAGAUAAGCGAUCUGUACACUGAGGGUAUUUUUUCAUCUUCUCCACAACUCUCAUCUAAAUAUAACCUUCCGAGUCACCACCUGUUUCGUUUCUUUCAGAUCAGAGACUAUGUAAAGAAGCAGUUUCCCCAUUUCCCAAAUCGCCCCCCUGAAAAUCUAACAGAAAGUCUACUGACAGUGGGCACUGCCACUAAGAGAUCCAUCUCGGUUUUGUAUGGUCUUAUGUGGUCAGCCUCCUCACAACCUCCCACUGCGGUUAGAGCUGCAUGGGAAGACGGCCUUAACAUUAAAUUUGAAGAAAACGAAUGGGAGACAGCGCUAUCUUUAGUACACUCGUCUUCCAUAUGUACCCGUCACAGCCUGAUCCAGUGUAAGGUUCUUUAUAAAAUCCACUACACCAAUGCAAGACUGGCUAGAAUCUUUCCCAUUUUAUCUCCAGCUAAUCAUGUCCACAUGUUCUGGUCGUGCCCUAAAUUAACAUCAUUCUGGACACACAUUUUUGACACUCUAACCAGGGCCUAUGAACACAUUAUUGUCCCCAACCCAUUAUCUGCAAUAUUUUCUAUGUCCCUCAUUACAGAUCUGCCCGGAGCAGCGAAACAGGCACUGGCAUUUACCACCCUGCUAGCCCGAAAACUAAUUUUGCUCCGUUGGAAGCUCGCCCAUCCCCCAUCACAUAAACACUGGGUGAAGGAGGUUCUCUACAACCUACAACUUGAGAAGCUUAGAUUUUCUCUCAGGAGCUCUGUAGGGAAGUUCCAUAAGACAUGGGACCCCUUUCUGGAAGUUACUACCUCACCUGUCCAUCCCCAAGACUUAGAGGAAGUCUCUCUCAUUGUUCAGUGAGUGUGAAUGUUACACGUGAUGGAGUCACAGACUGGUGGAAAUCCUAACCCCAAGGCAACAUCGCAGACACGGAGAUCUCUGGCUGGGGAAGUUGGACUGUGAUAAACACUCGCUAGGUA